AUGUCCUCGUCACAUCUAAAAGGAGGGCCCCAAGCUACUUCAUCUCGAUAUAACGAAAGGGAAAGAGACGAUUGUUUAGACUAUACCAAACCUCGACGAAAAAAUUUUUACUCUUCAAAUACAAAUACAAAUACAAGUACAAGUACAAGCACCACAAGUACAAAUUUAAAUGCAAAUGCUAAUGCUAGUCAAAGUAUAUCGGCACCAACUUCGAAUUUCCACCAUAAUCCAUCUAUAUCAACUUCAUCAGCCACAUCAAAUUCAUCCUCAUCAAAUCUACCGAGCUUGACGCGUCGAGAUUUCAAGAGUAAUGGCCCAGGCUCUUCCUCAUUGUCUCAUCUGAAAGAUUCUCCCCAAUUUAGAAACGGUGUUGCUUUGGAGCCAAACCUUAAUCCCGCAUCGAACUAUAACUCCAUCGCAUCAUCCGCAUCAUCCUCCUCCUCCUCAUCCUCCUCCUCAUCCUCCUCCUCCUCCUCCUCGUCUUCUUCUUCAUCUGCAUCAAAUUACUACUCAAAUUACAACACUUAUGGCGGCGGUUAUUACCGCUCUGAAAAUAGAAGGAAAAAUUUGGCUCAAAUGCAAAAUAAAGGGGCUGGUGAUUCUCGACUAACUUCGUCAAACUCAUUAUCAUCAACAAAUUACAGAAAUGGUGACAUGAACAAGAGAGACCGCUAUGAUUCAUACGUAUCCCCUGACUCAAAUAUACCUCUAGGAAAAUGGAAAAGUGGUCGAAAUUUUCUGUUAUCAAACUCAACAAAGUAUUCGGCAAAGGAUAGAAUACGAAAUGGAAAGAUACAAAAGGGAAAUCUCUACUCUACCGGAGGUAACUCUUCUUCAUCAUCAUCAUCAGGUUAUCCAAAUGAUUUUGAAGACCAUACAUAUCGUCCAAGUUCUACUUACAAUUCAGAGCAAUUCUAUUCAUCAAAAAAGGGAUAUGGCUCUUACUAUGCAAGAAACAAGCCAAAUAGUCGCUAUCUAUCAUCAUCGUCGUUAUCUUCAUCACUAUCACACCUGAUGUCAUCUAAUAUAUCCGGAAAGGAGAGGUUUAACCAGGGUAGAAAGUAUGGUGCUAGUACUACCGGUGCUAGUUUUGCAAAUAGGCGAGAAGAUGAUAAAGAAACUGAGGAUGAAGAGGAACAAGGAGGAGAAGAUGGAGAAGAAGGAGAAGGAGAAGAGGGAGGAGAGGGAGAAGAGGGAGAAGAAAGAGAAGAAAGAGAAGAAAGAGAAGAAAAGGAAGAAAGAGAAGAAAGAGAAGAAAGAGAAGAAAGAGAAGAAAGAGAAGAAAGAGAAAGAGAAGAAAGAGAGGAAAGAGAGGAAAGAGAGGAAAGAGAAGAAAGAGAAGAAAGAGAAGAAAGAGAGGAAAGAGAGGAAAGAGAAAGAGAAGGUGAAGGGGAAGAAGGAGAAGGAGAAGGAGAUGUGGAAAUGGAAGCAACUGAAGAAAUAAAGGAAAAAGAUGAGAAAGCAAACAAAAACGAUAAUUACUGUACCAACGCUAAGGAAAAUGAAAAUAAACACCAACAAAAAACUAUUGUUGAAACUAAGAAACUAUAUGACAAUAAAGACUUACAAAUUAAGGCGGAAACAAAAACAAACAUCCUCACGGACAAUUCACAACUGGAAAAGGCUAGAAACGAAGAUACAGUUUCAAUCAAAAUAAAACCAGAAACGAAUACACUAGAACAGGAUGCCAAACCAGACAAUUUAACCUCUCAAGCAAUUAAAGUCGAACCAAGCGAAAAUGAGCAAAAUAUCACACCAGAAGAAAAUGAAAAUGAAAAGACUAUUGAUUCUAAUAACCUUGGUAAGUUUCCUUUGCCCGAAUUGGAGUUUCAAUUUGAGCAAAUGCGAAUUGAGUAUGAAACGCUAAAGAAAUACAAGGAGAAGGAAAUUUCUCAAAUAAGGUAUCUUUUAGCACAACCUGUUGUUGAUUUUUUUGAAUACCCAUUCUUUUUAAUCAAUUACCAUCGUUUUACUCUAAAAGGAGGAGAAAUGGUUGAGCAAAUGCGUAAUAAAAAAUCUCAAAUACGUUUAAAGACUUUGAAAUUGUGGCAUGAGUAUAAAACUGGAGCCAAACUUUGGGAGGAAGAAAGGGUAAAAAUGGAGCAACAAUUACGUAUCAUUCAUCCGCCCGAUGACGAGGGAAGGAAAGAAAUUGACGCUGGUGAUUUGAAAAAACAAAAUCGGCAAACUGUAGCUCCGAAUGGUGGUAGCUCCUCGGCUACCCAAACCAAUUAUAAUGGCUCUCCAGUAAAUGCAGCAUCAGAGGGUCCGAUAAUUUCAACAAGGCGUAGUAGUCGAAGACAUGGUGACUUAGUGACUACUGAAGCAGAAUUCCAAGAGAUUUUACUUACCUUGGGAAAAGAACAAGAUAUGGAUCCACUAUCAAAGGCUCAAAGAGUUGCUGCAGAUAUUCCCGAUCUACUCUUGGAUCCAGUGAAGCGAAAUGAAUUCAAAUAUAUGGACUCCAAUAAUAUUGUAAAAGAUAAAUUAAAAUGGGCACAACGAGUCAAGUCUGAUUUUUUCAACACGUUUUCGGAAAAGGAACACGAAAUGUUUAGUGAAGCAUUCUGUUUGUAUCCGAAACGGUUUGGUGCUAUUUCCAGGCAUAUGGGUGGUUUAAGAAGUGCUUCAGAUUGUGUUGUGCAUUAUUAUAUGACUAAAAAAGUAAUCAACUACAAGCAGUUGUUGAUACAUUAUAAAAAGAAGGCUAAUAGGAAAGGUCGUCGAAUCAAAAGCGCUGCUCGUGCCAAAAACGCGGCACAAACUGAAAAGGAAUCAACUCCAUCUGGUAGUGAAAGUCAGCAUCAAGAAAAUAACCCAAAGGAUUCUUCGGUUGAGCGAACGACGACUCCAGAUGAGUCUGCUGAUAAUAAUACACCACUGGUUGAUAUACCUAAAAUUGUAACUGUGACGUCAGCUCUUGAAAACAAGGAAGAAGUUUUUACCGAUACCGGUCGUCGAAAGAGGGCCGCAGCACCAGUGUUUGAAGGCAAACCAAGGGAAAAGAAGAAAGCAAAAGUGGUGAAAGAGACGGAUACUAUUGUGCCGAAUGUGAAGCAGGAUAUGAGUGUUGAGGAGACAACGCAAAACCUGAAUGCUCCUGUUAUUGCUACUGCUACUGCUACUACUGCUGCUACUGCUGCUCCUCCUAUUCCUGAAUCUAUCGGAGGAGAAGAUACACAAGCAAAGGCCAAUGAAACUUUACACAGUGUUGCUGAUCAGGUGGAAUCGUUGCUUACCAAAGAACUAAAAUCCAAAUCACCACUUCGUCUGCAAGAUGAUGCGAAGGAAAAACGAAAGGCUAUUUCUAGUUAUUGGAAUAUCACGGAAGCAACUGCUUUCCCAGGUUUAUUAGCGGAGUACGGUACCAAAUGGACAUCUAUAGCUGAUAGUUUGGGUACAAAGUCUGCAAUAAUGGUUCGAAAUUAUUAUCUUCGAAAUGCAGAAAAGAAUGGAUGGACAGCAAUUGCCAAUGAGGCCGACGAGAGAUUGAAUGUGAAGAGUACCACUACUAAUCUGAUAGAUCAGGAAGAAAAGAAGAGUUUCACCAACUAUUCUCAGUCUUCGCAGCAACAACGACAGCAACAACAGCAACAGCAACAGCAACAGCAAGCACGCUACAUUCCUAUUGGAACUUUUCAUAAUCCAUUGCCGACCUAUACCAAUCUGGUCUCUACAUAUCAGAUACCAUCUGCUGAAACCCAACCAACUUCGUUCACACAAUCACAGCCUCAGCCACAGCCUCAGUCACAGUCACAACCAUACUUUGGUCAGCAGUCAUCUCAGCAUUAUUUCAAUCCUUCAAUCAGUAAUCUUUUAUCGUCAGAUCAUGUUCCAAUUGCAGCACCAACGGCACUGACAGCAGAAUCAAUUCCAAAUAAUCAAGAACCUCAUAUUUUUCGUGCUUACAAUCCCCUGCUUCCACAUUCUGAAACAAUAGUUAAACCAAAAACACCAGUUAAGUCUCUUCCCGUACAUAAAAGUUCCAUCAUGAACCUUUUAAAUUCAGACACAAGUCCACUUAAAACCACCGAACCCAUUCAUCAACAACGUCCUAUUCGAAAUCAAAUACACCGUACCAUGAACAAUUUGACAGAUAUAUUGAAUGCACCAACGGAACCCAAAAACCCCUUGACUCAAAAUAAAUCACAGCCCCCACCAACCGUGAAACGAGGUGGUAUUGCUAGUCUUUUAUCUGCUGAUUCUGACCCAUGA